CAGCGGCAACUGCAGCGACGCUUUCUUCAAUCAGCGAGAGAAAGAUGCUCUCAGAGCCACGCAAAAGCUGAAAAUGUUUAACACUGUGGGUAUAAGACCAUCAGUGCAGAUAUUUGGGCUUGUUAGUGUAACAUUUUGUUGGUGUAGCCACUACGCCGGCUACGCGCUCUGCCACACUACAAAGCACAGGCCACGGACGUCGCAUAACCUAGCUUUUCCAACCUAUGCGGACCUUGACUCGAUGCCAUGGUAGACGCGCUGACCCGCCUCAGCUGGCAAGCUACGCGAGCGACCUCUGGCCGCUGGCGCGCGCGUCGUCAACUGCGAAACAACUCCGUUGCUCCGUUUUGGUUUUGCUUCCGGUGACUCAAGUUGUUCUUUAUUCUAUGGUGACUCAUGCGAGGGUGAUCAAGUUAUCCGUCCGUGCUCCGAGCCCUGCCCACGUGCAAUAUGACGAUGGUCACCGAACUCACGUAUUGCAAUGCGAAAGCCUGUUAGCCUUUCCGAAAACGCCAAACAACAGCGCAAACAGGAGUUGCCGAUGGCUGCCAAAGUCGAAACAGCCGGUCGCGUCGCGGUCACCGUACCGGUCUCGAGCAUCUGCAAGUACGUGAACAAAGCCUGCGAGCGAUCGCGGUGCUUACGCGAUGGGGAGGUGGCGUACGAAGCUGGAGACGUUAUCGAGUGCGCCGUGGAGGCAGCUCGUGGGAACCGAGUCAACGUCGGUGCCCGUGUGCUGCACCCCAGCAGCCCUUCGAGCCCACCGCACAAGGUUGCGGUAACGAUCGAACAAAAUGAAGUGACAGAGGCCUGUUGCUCUUGUAAAACAGGCAGCUACAAGUGUGGACAUGUGGUUGCUGUGUUGCUGCACCUGCAUGCACAACAAUCGCUGGCGCAGCCGUCGACAAAGCGCCAAGAGCAGCAUGAGUCAGUGAAAAAGGAAAAGCCGAGGAAGCAGAAUGAGUUGGAAGAAGCUCUGGAUCUUCCCCGCAUUGACAAGCUUACUAUUGAGGAUGCACCAGACGUAGCGGAUGACGUCUCAGGGAGGCCUCUUCGCAACCAUUCGCACAAGUCCACCUCACCAGUGCCCACAAAGCAUGUGCCUAAAUGUGUACAAAGUAGGCAACAGUCAAAAGAAACACCAAAAACACUGAGAGCAACCAUUCUUGCCAUCACGGACUCAGUGAAGCAAGCCAAGAAAGAGCUGUCUGUGGAGCGCAUCUUCAAAGAGCUCUGCGAGCAGCAGCAACAUGGCGAUAUCAAGAUAAUCGAACGUGCUACAAGAGAGCAGAGCUGCAGCGAACUUUGGUUGGAACAUCGCGUCGGCAUGAUCACUGCAUCAGUUGCGUACAGUGUGUUUACACGUGUUAACACGAUUCAGACAAAGGCGGGACCUCACGAUGUGCAGCCACUACUUAGGCUGCUCAUGAGGGAAGCUCGCGUUACGAACGAGGACAUGCAAAGAGGCAUCACUCUCGAGCCAGUUGCUAAGGAGGCCUACAAGAAGCAGAACACACAACACAGAGGCCUCCAGCUUCAGGACUGUGGCCUUUCCAUUCUUCGGGCCAAGCCGUUCAUUGGUGCGAGUCCCGAUGCCAUCGUCACGUGUGAGUGCUGCUCACCGAGGCUACUCGAGGUAAAGUGCCCGAGAAGUUUGGAAAGGUUCCUGCAGUCCGAGGUCGUUUUCGAUAAAGGCAGAAUGCACCUGAAGCAAAAGAGUAGAUACUUUUGUCAAACGCAGGUUCAAAUGGGGGUCACAGAUCUUCCUUUGACUGAAGUCUUUGUGUAUGUAAGCGAUGAAGAAAAUGUCACACUGAGUGUGGCUUUCUCCCAGGAAUACUUUGAUGCUGUGGUUGAGAGGGCAACAUUUUUUUUCAAGCAUUAUGUAUUGCCUCACAUGCUUGAGUUGUGAGAACAGAGGUAGUACUGUUCUUACUGCUUGUGUUGCUUGUGUUUGAAGCUGAGAGCAUGCAUACAUUAAUAAAGGCUGUGACUGAAGGUAAAACACUGAAGAUAAUCUGUGAUAGGUGUAAAGUAUGUGUGAGUUCAUGUAUGUUUUUCUUCGUUUUCUUCUGUUAACAUUUAUCCAUCGUACACAAACCAGUCUUAUCUUUCUCAUGAUGACAUGUAGGCGAGUGAGUUGUUGAAACAGUUGGCACAUUUUGAAAAACACAAUUUAAAGGGACACUAAAGAAAAAAAUGAUUUCUUCUGUAUCAGCGAAUUACCUUUCUACAAUAUCAAGAGUGCUACUCUUACCACGAAAAGACACACAAGACUGGUGGCGACACCUCCUUGAUGUUCCCGCACCAGCUCACUGUGAUGUCAUGGAUUUUGACAGUGUCAUCUAGGGCCUAGUUAAUUCUUUAGCGGUAAAGGAUCGACUACAUUGCGUCCUAAAGGAGCCAAUGAUUGAACAUGCCGUGUUUCAAUAACUUUUGUUAAGCCAACGGAGCAUAAAUACGAAAAAGCCUUUGAAAUCCAUGUCAGUGGCGCACUGGCAUUAAUGAUAUAGAGCGAAAUUCAAAAGCUGAAACCUUGACCUUUAGUUUCUCUUCUAAUAAUCAACAAAUUAAUGACAACAGUGUUUUCGAAGGAUGCUUUAGCCAUAUAAACCAAUUUAGUGCUUUGCUUUAGCGUCCCUUUAAGGUUGUAGACAAUGCGACAUUGUACUUUAAAGUGUGCAAGAAAAAGAAAUGUUGCUUCGGAAAGCUUCAAAUGCAAUGAUGAUCUGUGAUAAGCGUUCUUUUUGAAUACUGGCUUGUGUGUGCGAGCUCUGCGAUUGAAAGUUUAGUACUGCUGUGUGACACAGUGCUCCUAUGGAACAUAUGCAUAAGGAAAACAUGCAGCAACAAAUGCAAGGACAAUCUGUAGCAAGCCGGAAUUGUUUUGCUCCCACUGUUUUAAUUUUAUUUGUGUUUUUUAUGUGUUUAACCUACAAGUUAAUGUAGGUUAGAUGAGUACUUCGUAUACUGUGUGUACAGUAGCUUAGUACUGUGGUAAAGUUAUACUACCACAUUUGUUUCCAAAUGGCAUCAUUAGAAAAGGACUACAUGGCUUAUAUUGAGAGCCAUUAGUUGAAUCUACCAAAGGUGUACGUACUUCAUGGCAUACUUUGUGAGGCCUGUAUUAUUAUGCUUUGCACAGUGCUUAUGUACUCGGCAAGUGACCCCUCAAUAAACAUGCUUUUGGAUGAAUACAA